AUGGAGAUGGACGCCGAGGUGCAGGCGCUGCUGAAUGCUACAAGGUGGGAUGCGGAAGAGUUGCGCUGCUACCUGGGGGCGGCGGAGGUGGCUGCAGGGGGCGCCGCUGGAAGCAGCGGAGGCGGGAGCGGAGGCGGUACUGGGGGUGGCUGGUGCCCGCAUUCCUGGGACCGACUGCUCUGUUGGCCACCAACCAAGGCCAACACUGCCGCCGUUCUGCCUUGCUUCGCCGAACUCAAUGGCAUCCCCUACGACACGUCUCAGAACGCGUCGCGGUGGUGCCACGCGAACGGCACGUGGGACGGCUACAGCAACUACUCGCUGUGCCGCGACCUCAGCCAGCUGCCGGCCGCGGACCGCGUCGAGGUGGCGACGGCGCUCUACUACGCCGGUUACACGCUGUCGCUCGUCGCCCUCUCCGUCGCCGUCUGCAUCUUCCUCUACUUCAAGGACCUCCGGUGCCUGAGGAACACCAUCCACACCAACCUCAUGUUCACCUACAUGCUCGCCGACUUCAUGUGGAUCGUCACCACCACACUACAGGUGCUCGUGCAGACAGAUGCCUCCUCGUGUGUCAUUCUGAUGCUACUACUGCACUACUUCCACCUCACGAAUUUCUUUUGGAUGUUCGUUGAGGGUCUGUACCUGUAUAUUUUGGUGGUGGAGACAUUUACGGGGAAAAAUAUACAACUCAGCGCCUACGUAAUAAUUGGCUGGGGCGCUCCUGCCGUGUUCGUAUUGCUCUGGGGGAUUGUCAAGAGCUUUGCACCAAGAGCGACGGAGCAGCAGGUGCACAGCACGGAGUCUCUGCUGCGCCACUGCCCGUGGAUGAGCCCAGACAGCUACGACUGGAUCUACCAGGCGCCGGCCAUCGUCGUGCUGGCGCUCAACCUCGUCUUCCUCGUCAUGAUCAUGUGGGUGCUAAUCACGAAGCUGCGCUCGGCCAACACGGUAGAGACACAGCAGUACCGCAAGGCGACCAAAGCGCUGCUGGUGCUGAUCCCGCUGCUGGGCAUUACCUACAUCCUCAUGAUUGCCGGGCCCACAGAGGGCUUCUCCGCCGAAAUCUACCUCUACCUCAGAGCCGUGCUGCUCUCCACACAGGGCUUCACGGUGGCGCUGUUCUACUGCUUCCUGAACUCGGAGGUGCAGAACACCGUGCGGCACCACCUGGAGCGCUGGAAGACGGCGCGCACGGUGGGCGGCUCCAGGCGCUACACGCGCAACUACAGCCGCGACUGGUCGCCGCGCUCGCGGACUGAGAGCAUCCGGCUGUCGGUGCAGCCGGCGGUGAGCUACCGGAAGCGCGAGUCGACGGCCAGCGAGACGACGACGACGACGCUGCUGGCCGCCUCCGCCGCCGCUGCGGCUGCCGCCAACAACGGCGGCUGGCGGCUGUCCAACGGGUCGGGGCGCCUGCUGCAGCCCUGCUCCAGCGCCGAGCACGCCGUCUGA